AUGGCAUUUGCAGAUCUUUUGGAGAAAGCUGGAGGCAUGGGACGCUUCCAGAUCACACAAGUUAUAUUGCUAUGCAUUCCCAUAUUGUUGAUGGCCAGCCAUAACCUUCUCCAGAACUUUAGUGCUGCAAUUCCAAGCCACAAAUGCAAAAUAAAUGACACUGGGGUUGUUAACAGCAGUACUGACAGUGAUGGCUGGGUGGGGGACUUCAUACCACUGGAUGAUCAGGGGAGACCUGAGUCAUGUCUGGAGUUUGUUGAAGUACAGUGGAGAAUGGUGGAUUCCAACAACACAUGGCAUAAUACUACGGAUGCAGAAACAAGAUCCUGCACAAAUGGUUGGGAGUAUGAUCAGAAUGAGUUCAUUUCCACCAUAAUCACUGAAUGGGAUUUGGUGUGCAGCAAAAAACACAGAAGACAGCUAGCUCAGUCCUUGUACAUGGCGGGUGUGCUUGUGGGAGCCAUCAUCCUUGGAGGCCUGUCAGACAGGUAUGGUCGAAGGGCAUUGCUAAUUUGGUCAUACCUACAAAUGGCUGUCAGUGGGAUCUGCACUGCCUUUUCUCCAAACUAUCUCUCCUAUUGUGUGUUCCGGUUUCUUAGUGGGAUGGCUCUGUCUGGCAUUGGACUGAACACUACUGCCUUAAUUGUGGAAUGGGUUCCAACCAAAGUCCGCACAAUCACUGGCACCCUGGCAGGAUAUUCCUAUACUGUUGGACAACUCCUUCUGGCAGGUUUAGCAUAUGGCAUCAGAGACUGGCGAUGGCUGCAGCUUUCUGUUUCUCUACCGUUUUUUUCGUGUACUUCUUCUACUCCUGGUGGUUUCUUGAAUCUGCCCGCUGGCUUGUUCUCUCUGGCAAACCUGCCAAGGCGGCCAGUCAGAUGA